AUGUCGGAACACCAAGACACAACGGCUGCCUCGACCACGACGGCUCCCACUGCCGCGUCGACCGCGCAGGAGCAACCUGCGACCCAAAGCCCUGUUGUCCAGGUCUCGUCGGCUGCUUCAACGUCGUCGGUGACGGCUACUGCCGCCGCUGCGACCGCGGCCGUCGCCAACCCCCAAGUCAACGGCAAUGCUGCUCGCCCCAGCGAAGAACUCUCCUGCCUGUGGAACGGUUGCACCGAAAAGUGCCCAACCCCUGAGUCCCUUUAUGAACAUGUCUGCGAGCGUCACGUUGGCCGUAAAAGCACCAACAACCUCAACCUGACGUGCCAAUGGGGAAGCUGCCGCACAACGACGGUCAAGCGCGAUCACAUCACCUCCCACAUUCGAGUACAUGUACCCCUGAAGCCGCACAAGUGUGACUUCUGUGGGAAGGCCUUCAAGCGCCCUCAAGAUUUGAAGAAACAUGUCAAGACCCAUGCAGAUGACUCUGUUCUGGUUCGCUCCCCUGAGCCUGGUGCUCGGAACCCAGAUAUGAUGUUCGGUGGAAACCCGGCGAAAGGCUAUGCUGCUGCUGCACACUACUUUGAGCCGGCGCUGAACCCGGUCCCGAGCCAGGGCUAUGCUCACGGCGCUCCUCAGUAUUACCAGUCGCACCCUCCGCCCCAGCCGGCGAACCCGUCCUAUGGAAACGUCUACUAUGCUCUGAACCACGGCCACGAGCCGGGUCACGCGUCGUAUGAAUCCAAGAAACGCGGUUAUGAUGCCCUGAAUGAGUUCUUUGGAGACCUGAAGCGCCGCCAAUUUGACCCCAACUCCUACGCUGCCGUGGGUCAGCGUCUGCUCGGCCUCCAGAGCCUGUCUCUUCCCAUCCUGAACGGUGGUCCUCUGCCUGAAUAUCAGCCCAUGCCUGCGCCUGUCGCCGUUGCUGGCGGAGGCUACAGCCCUGGCGGUCCUCCGGCUCCCGCGUAUCAUCUGCCGCCCAUGAGUAACGUGCGCACCAAGAACGACUUGAUCAACAUCGAUCAGUUCCUGCAGCAGAUGCAGGAUACCAUCUACGAGAACGAUGACAACGUAGCAGCGGCGGGAGUAGCUCAACCGGGCGCUCAUUACGUCCAUGGCGGUAUGAGUUACCGCACGACCAACUCGCCGCCCACUCAGCUGCCCCCUAGCCAUGCCACGGCCACCACCUCGGCGGGCCCGGUCAUGAACGCGGCAGCAGCAGCCCAUUCCCCGUCCACGGGGACUCCGGCCCUGACGCCGCCCUCCAGUGCGCAGUCGUACACUUCGGGUCGGUCGCCCAUCUCUCUUCCUUCGGCUCACCGCGUCUCGCCGCCUCACCAUGAGGGGGGUUCGAGCAUGUACCCACGGUUGCCGUCGGCCACGAUGCCCGACACCAUGACGGCUGGCUACCCCACCACGUCGAGUGCGGCGCCGCCAUCUACGCUGGGCGGCAUCUUUGACCACGACGAGCGUCGUCGCUACACCGGUGGCACUUUGCAGCGCGCAAGACCCGACGACCGGCCCGUGGCGGAGCCCAUGGAUGUGUCUCAGGACAAGGAGGAUGGCGAGCGUACCCCGCCCGCCAAGCCUCGUCCCGCGUCUUCGUCCCCCGGGCGCAUCUCCGCCAGCCUCAUCGACCCGGCUCUGUCGGGUUCGCCCACCGAGGAGGAGGCGACGCUCCGGACGGCGCAGGCCGCUACGGAAGUUGCAGAGCGCUCGGAUGUGCAGUGGGUUGAAAAGGUGCGUCUUAUCGAGUACCUGCGCAACUACAUUGCUUCUCGCCUUGAACGCGGCGAGUACGAGGGACUCCUGCAACAGCAACAACAGCAACAAGAGCAAGAAAGCGGAACCUACUCGCCGGAAACCGGACUGGACGAACGCAUGGAAGGAGUUGAGCUUGAGUCUCCGGCAAAGUCGGAGGAGCCGCCCAUGAAGUCGGAGACGGGUGGCGACCAGGUGAUGUACCCUACAUUACGGGGAGUCGACGACGACGGAGAUUCGAAGAUGCCCAACUGA